AGCUUGUGCGUAAUGUUUGGAUAAUAAUCAUACUCACUCUAAACAUUCGCCAAUUGCCUGAAACGGCGUGAGAUGUCGGGGGACUGAAGUGGGGUCCCAGCGGCGUCAUGCAGAGACGAUCAUUGUCUCUCUCACACUUUCUAACUAGCCAUUUCAUAACAGCGAGGCGAGGAAACGAGCCAGGCCAGAGCUAUCAGCAGUCCAUGUGGAGCAGCAGCGGUGUCCGGAGGGCUCUUCCUCUCAACAUCAACCAAAUAAACUGAGUGCAGGAAUACAAGCGCAAAGAUGAGAACAACUGUUGGAGUUAAAUUCUAUCAAUAUUUUAUGAGACAUGUUCGUUAUAUCGGGUGACUGUUUAGUCAAAGUAAUGAGGCAGACGAAUUGCCUCCAAUUGUAGGAGAAUCAGUUAAUUGACCAGGUUCUCUAUCUCAACUACCAGCGAAUUAUUGUGUGAAAAAAAUACUUUAAUCACACUCGUUAUCUGUUACACCAUCGAAGGAAACCAUGCAUGGAAGGCGGCAUUUCCCACCAAGUUAAACAGUGUUAUACGCACUACAUUUGGAUUAGCGUGCUGUACAACACAUAGCUACCGGUAUUUCGGGUGGAAUUUCGGAGUGGCUUCUUGCUCGCGCAUUUGCGCUUUCCUUGCGUUCCGCAGCUAAACUUGGAGAGCUCCAUGCAGUCGCGAAGGGAGAGGAGAGAAGUGCGACCCCGUGCUGGAUGGAUGGUAAUGGGGAAAGGAGCAGGAGGACCUUCGGCGCUUGAAGUCGGCAAGAUCCUUGUUGUGUUUCUUUGCCUGUUUCCUUCUGUGAGUCUGCAGUGUAAGAUCCUCAAGUGUAACUCUGAGUUUUGGGCCUCCACCUCAAGCUCCGGCCCGGAGGAGGAGUUCUGUACUGCGCUGCGGGCGUACAACAACUGUGUACGCCGCACCGCACGCACCUGCAGAGGCGACUUAGCCUACCACUCAGCCCAACAUGGCAUAGAGGAUCUCAUGAGCCAGAACAACUGCUCCAAGGAGGGGCCUACAACUCAGCCUCGAGCCCGGACCCCCGCUCCACCACCACAGCUACAGCCUGACAGCCAGGAGCGCUCCGAUGGGCCAGAGCAGUGUCAUUACGAACGCAGCCUUCAUCGCCAAUCCUCGCCACCCAACUACACCCACUGUGGCUUCUUUGGAGACCCGCACCUCCGUACUUUCAGCGAUGACUUCCAGACCUGCAAGGUUGAGGGAGCCUGGCCCCUUGUCCAUAACAAAUACCUGUCUGUUCAGGUGACCAACACACCUGUCGUGCCUGGCUCCUUUGCUACGGCCACCAGCAAGUUGACAAUCAUCUUCAAGAACUUCCAGGAGUGUGUGGACCAGAAGAUGUAUCAUGCAGAGACAGACGAGCUGCCUGCAGCGUUCGCUGAUGGCUCCAAGAAUGGCGGAGACCGCCACGGGGCCAACACGCUACGCAUCGUGGAGAAGGUGCCUGGGCAGCAGGUGGAGAUCCACGCACGCUACAUCGGUACAACCAUUGUGGUCCGGCAGGUGGGGCAAUACCUGACCUUUGCUGUGCGGAUGCCAGAGGAAGUAGUGAACUCUGUAGAAGACCGAGACAACCAGGACCUGUACCUCUGCCUGCACGGCUGCCCCGCCAACCAACGCAUCGACUUCAGGACAUUCAGGGCCCGUGCAGUGGAGGGCCACGGUCUGGGCAGGACUGGCAGCCCACCCCAUGGGUUUACCUACAAGGCUGCCAUGGCUAAGUGUAAAGAGCGCCUCCCAGUGGAGGACCUGUACUUCCAGUCCUGUGUGUUCGACCUGCUUUCCUCCGGGGAUGUCAACUUCACCAUGGCUGCCUACUAUGCCUUUGAGGAUGUGAAAAUGCUCCACUCCAAUAAGGACAAAUACCACAUUUAUGAAAAGGAUGCAUUUGGGAGUAAUGCAGCGCCAAGGGGAUCAGAUGUGUUCUCGCUAGUCCUCCUCAACUUUCUGGCUGUUUUGUUCAUCUAUAGUCCUCUGCCAACAUCAUCCUCAUUAUGCUAGCUGUCAGUGGGUGUGAAACAGUGCUCUCACCGUGUCAUACUUCACCGCCACUGCUCUGUCCUCAGUGGCUGGUGGCCAGUGGAGUCCGCAAGCCCUUCCAUGCCUCUGUGGGGACAGAGCAGCCCAUGUGCAAUCAAACUCAUCCCAGCCAUGGUUUCAUCAUUGUUUUGUUGUUGACAUCAUGUGUUGACUUCCAUCUGGUGGUGAGGUGAGCUCUAUGUACUCCCACCUAUCAUUACAUUCAUUCUGGUUUAAGGAAUGGUCCUUUGAUGAAGGAGAGCGGUGGUGAGUGAGGAGAGCCCAGGAGCCCCAGUACUUUGGAUAUCAAGCUGGGAUUAAAUCCCACAUUCCCACUGGGACUGCAUGCGCCUAUGGGAAGUGAGAUGAGAUUAUCUCUUGCAGAAAGAACCUCACUGGUUCCAAGCCAGUGGAGCUCCCUGUGGCUCAUGGGUAUGGGCUAGACGACAUGACAGGGGCUUUUGUUAACCUCUGGCCAGAAGUAGCUCCCUGUUUGAUGAUCUUCCAGCUUUGGAAAAGCUGUAGCUUUUUGGAGGAAGCUCUCCGCCAAAAGGAUGUCAGAGCAGCGAGUCUAGUUGUCUGCUGUGGAGAUUAAUAGCUCAUAACGCCAGGUCUUUUGUAACAUUGUGUGUUUGUUUGUCUCUGUCUGUGUGUGUGCGUGCGCACCUCUGUGGUUAAUUGUGUGCUCCAGAAACGGUUGUGUGUGAGAGUGAGUGUUACUCAAAAGUGCAAGAAAUCUUUCCUUGGGAGAAAUAUUUCUUAAUGUUGUUAUAUUGCACCCCAGGUUCCAAUAUAGAACCAUCAUGGUGGUCUAGAGUCAGUUGAAACUGCCUCUGCCUGCCAAGUGGUUACUUCUAAGUGAACUGGCAGACAGUAAAAAAAUAUUUUCCCAACUUUUUACCUGUCAAUCAGUGUCAAAAAGACUUAGUUCAAAUAUUGCCGUUUUAAAGUGUUAAGCAUGAUAAAUGUAUCAGGUCUAAUUAGGAAUGGAGAUAUUCAUAAGGAAAAAGCCCUGAACAAACUCUACCAAGGGCACACAAUGCAGAAACGCAGAUCACGUUUACACAGUAUCUCUCUUUAUUCAACCAACCAACUUUCAUGUACAAUGUAUCAUGGCCAAGAAAUAUUUUUCUACAGAUCAUUUGUUGUCUAGGCAGUCAACAGUUCCCUACAGAUGUAGGUAUAUUGGCAAUGUGAUGGGUUUGAGAAAGGUAUAGUCACACUAGGUUAAAAUAAAAUGUUUUCCCACCCGUGGUGUGCUUCCACCAAAUGGACUUGUUGCGGAUACAAAUCAGUGUGAUGACGUAGUGCACACAAAAUGUACUUUAAGUUCAAUUAGUUUCCAUUGUAUUUUAAAUUCUACCGAUAGUUUUGUCACAAAUUGUAGAAAAUGUACCUACUCUGGUCUUGACACAUGCGCUCUAGCCAACAGCUGGCAGAUACAGUGCGGGUAGGCUUGUCUACAUUGACAUUAUUAUGGAUAAGAGCAAGAAUAUUUGUCAAAUGGCAGUCAAGCAUCAAUCAUCAUGUCAGACCCUCAACAUUUAUUGGAAAGGAGCAUCAAGCUCAUCACCGUACACUUUCAUCACCCUGUGAAGUUGUCUGUCGUCUAAUAAGCGGCAUUGUUUCCCUAGUCGGAGGACACACCAUAUCAUCACGUGACUCGAGUUCUUCGAUAUGACGGUUAUUCUAUUAAUAUUUUCGCAUAAAGGGGUUUCCACUGCCAUUUCUCUCAUAAUUAAUUUUACCAACCCAAAACCAUGUUGAAUGAACAAAUUAUUAAUCGGCAUUUAUAAAGUUGUAUCAAAACCUCCUGUUUCUAACACCACUGUCGUGAUUUGUUUUAUACGGUAUGAUUUUACCCACAUAAACUGUGGAUGUAAAUGUGGUUUACUGACCACUAGAGAGCAGGCCCUGUACGUAAAAGAGGGUGUUGACAUGGCUCUGCUAUAGGGAACAUACAACUUGCAUCUGUCUGUAGACCUGUUAAUUUAUGGCUUUAAUCUUUGCCAAAGAACAAGCCCUGGUGCCAACAAUUUUCCCAACAGAUGAAUUUUCAAUACUCUCUUUCUCUGUGAACUUUUGCGAUAAAGUUUCCAUUUGGAUUGUGUAGAACGCUGGUGUGCUACUGCUUGAACUUAGUGGAUUGACUUAUUCAGCGCAGCAUGGUAAAUAAGCUGUCAGUUUCUGGUUUUGAAUUUGAUCUUCUGUCAUAUGUGAAAUGCAUGCAGCUACAGCAGUGGAGGCUGGUGGGAUGAGUUUUAUAAGAGGACUGGCUCAUUUUAACAGCUGGAAUGGAAUCAAUGGAAAUGAGUGAAACGCAUGGUCUCUAUAUGUUAAUGGUUUAAUGUCGUUCCAUUUAUUCCAUUCAGUGGUGUAAAACACUUUAAAGUACUACUUAAGUAGUUUUUGUGGUAUCUGUAUUUUACUAUUUGUAUUUUUGACAAUGUUUACUUCACUACAUUCUUGAA